AUGCAGCUGAAGAGGCUUACCACUGAGCCUCCAUGUAUAACAGAAGAAGUGUUUGAAGAAUGCUUAGCCACAGAUGAUAUGCUUGUGGACUACUUUAACGAAUUUUUGAGUCUUCCGACUUUUGCCCAGCCAGUUAAGUUUAACUCUGACUUUGGGGUUUUUGAAGUAGUUAAUGAUGCCCCACAAUGCUUGGAAAGCCAGCUGAAAAAAAUUCUACGUGAUCAGAAACCUCCAAACUCCAUUUAUGAUGUUCUAAGGAAAGCAAAGAAUGAUGGGCAGCUCUCCAAAAUGCGCAGCGCUUCUCCAACCUUCAAUAUUGAUCCAAAUCACAACGCUAUGUGUCUUGAUCGAGAACAAGCAAUUCAGUGGAUUAAGAAAGAACGGCUUCCAGCAUUUAUAGAAAGCGACUGUUACUUUGAAUACAGGCUAGCUAAAUUGAUAUCACAGGUAGAAUGGAGCAAGACUGGCAUUAAUUUCAUUAUAGAUAGUGACUACUAUCCCUGGAUAAGGAAGCAAGACCCAAGUUCUCCCCCUCCUGAGGAGGAUGACACUUCAUUGACUAUGAAGAAGUUCUGCAUAUCACUUGGCCAGGCUACAGUUUCUCAGACAAAGGAUUGGUUUACAUUAGCAAAACGAAGUGAAUCCGUGAAAACUACAGAUUCAUUUAUGCAUCCUGUAGCUUCUAGUCAAAUUCAAGAUAUUCAGUGUUUGCCUGGGCAGCAUGAAAGAGACGAUUCAUUAAGCGAAAAAGAUAGCCUUCUGGCAGGCUCCCUGUCUAAGGAAUGCCACCAGUGGAGUUUCCUUUCCCCUUCAAGGACAGCAUCAGCAAAAGCCGACAUUAUUAGGGAGAGAUCCAGAGAGGCUGAGGAGGGUCCUUCUGUGGCCAUUGCUGAACCUCCUUCCCACACUCAGUUAAGAGUUUAUCUAGACCCAAAAUGGGACAGUGCAGCAAAAGAAGAAAAUGGACAGGAAAGUGCAACUUUUCAGACACCGGAAGAAUUCAUACCAGCUUAUACUCAAUUUGUAAUGAAGGAACCUAUUUCAGAACUGACCCGCCAGCCAGCUGCUGACAUUGAGAGUGAUGUGGAUUUCCACAAACAGCCUGAAGUGUUUAUACACGAGUUAGCAAAUAAUGAAUUUGCCCAUGGUACUGCAGAGUCACUCUUUUCCCGAAGUUCUUCUCCAUUUACUGUCUUGGACUCCAAGGGAGAUGUAAGAGAACAAGAUACUGAAGAAGUAAGCUUAAGAUCAAGUUCUGAAAGUGAUGGGGCAGACAGUAGGGCUGCCUGGUGUAUUAGUCACAGGACUUACGACACUGGCAACAGACAUGAGUUUGAAAGAUUCAAGAAGUUUAUUAAAGGAACACUUGGGGAGAGGUACUGGUGGCUCUGGAUGGAUAUUGAAAGACUAAAGGCUCUUAAGGACACUACAAGGCAGCAAAGGCAACUCAGUAAGAUGAAAAAACUCUACCUGCUGAGCGGUGGAGACUAUUUCCUCAGUUCAGAAGUGUUACUCAGACUUGAUCUACUGCAUGGAGAUCAGUGGAAUAUAAGGCAUUUAAGACGGAUUCAGCCUGAAGUAGUGAAACCUCUACUUCUUUACUGGGGUCCCAGAUUUUGUGUCACUCAUUCAACAGCAAUAGAAACUGCCAGUGCAAAACUGAAGCUCUGGCACACAUGCCAAGAGAGACCAAGGGUGGACAUUGAUCCUUUUCCACAAAUGGUAUCAUUGCUACCAUUGACACCUAAGUCUUGCAUGCCCAGGAUACCACCUUCCCUUCCUCAGAAAAGUAGAACAAGCUCACCAACAACUUUAUUAAAACUAGCUACACCAAAUUUGUCUUUGAAGAGAUCAUUAAGAUUAUCACCUAUGCUGUCAUCAAGUCAGACCCCCCAAAGGGAUGACAUUUCUAGCAGUAGAAAGUGGCCAAAGCCAGUGAGCAGAGACAUGAUUCAUUGCUUAACUUUGGAUGGCACUGCAGACUCCAAAUACCAGGGUCACAGAAAGUACACCUAUGCUGAGCUUCUCCCAGGGAAAAGUGCUGCUGGCAGUGUUGUCUUAGGGCGAUCAAGAAUGGAAAGCAUGCUGCAGUCUCUUUAUUUGGAGAACAGAGCAGGCUACUACUUCACACAAUUCUGUGAGAAGUCAGGGAAUAAGUUGUGGAAGAACAGCGCGUACUUUUGGUUUGACCUACAGGCUUAUCAUCAGCUUUUCUACCAAGAAACUCUUCAUCCUUUUAAAAUAUGCAAGCAAGCUCAAUUCCUUUAUGCAACUUACAUUGCCCCAUCUGCCAGUAUGGACAUUGGACUUCAUCAGAGUAAGAAAAACAUGAUUUAUCAGAAAAUUGAUCCAGCUUUUGAGGAUCUUUUUGACCCAGCAGAAGAAUAUAUCCUCACUGUUUUGCUAGAACCAUGGAUGAAGAUGGUGGAAGCAGACAAAUACACAUAUGGAAAGGUGGAGUUGGUGGAAGAAACUCGACAGCUGGACUCCGUGUACUUUAGAAAGCUCCAGGCUUUGCAUCAAGAGAGUGGUUCCAAGAAGGAUGAGAGUACUGUUGCUGACACUGGUCUGCCAUCCUGCCCUGAUGCUCUCAAAGAAGAUCAGCACUUGCGUCAAGUUCCCAAAGAAUUGGCAGGUCCUAAUCUAUCUGACCUGAUCCAUGACAAAGAGAAGUUAGAACAGUUCUGGGCUUUUCUUAAUAACCAUUCUGCUGGCAUGGAUCUCAUGUGCUGGCUAGAUAUUGAACAGUUCAGAAAGAUGCUCGACAAGGAUGAAGAAAAAAGGGAGGAAAAAUCUAAGGACAUUAAAAACAAGUACUUAAACAAAAAAUACUUCUUUGGACCCAACAGCCCAGCUACCAGCAAACAGCAAGAACAGCUAAUGCAUUCAGGUGGAGGAUGGGGACAAAUCCUUCAUGAUCGACUUUCGGCAGCGGUUCUGCUAGAAAUUCAGCAAUGCGUCCAGAAGAGAUUAGAAAAACAAUGGCUGCCAUUGUUCCUGGCAGAUGAGCACCAUGGGGCGGAGGGACAAGCAAAGAUAAGGAACAUAACUGAAGAUCUUCCACGCCAAAAACAGAAGACAACUAGGAUGUGGAAGCAUGUGGACAAUAAGUGGGUUUCUUCAUCUAAUGAAAUAAUUGCUUUCCGCAAAGCGCUGUUGAAUCCAGUGACAGCAAAUCAGUUUCAACGCUUUGUGUCACUGAAAGGAGACCUACUGGAGAACGGAGUGCUCUUUUGGCAAGAGGUACAGAAGUAUAAGGAUUUGUGCCAUUCUCAUUGUGAUGAUUCCACAGUCCAGAAAAAGAUCACAGCUAUUAUCGACUGCUUUAUUAACUCUGCCGUCCCCCCAGCUUUGCAGAUUGACAUCCCAACUGAACAAGCAAAGAAGAUUCUGGAGCACAGGAAAGAACUAGGACCUUACAUUUUUAGAGAAGCACAGAUGACUAUUUUUGCUCUUCUGUUUAAAUUUUGGCCAAAAUUUUGUAAGUUUCAAAGGAAUUUGGCUAGUGACAAAAUUCUGCUUGCCUUGGAGAAAAAAAAGGGAAAAAAGAUGCGAAAGAAGGAAGGCAAAAUAGUAGAGGUAAGGCUCACAAAGUUUCAGGGUAAAGAAGCGGGAACAAAACUCAUCAGUCUGUCAAGCAGUGCUUUGGUAGAUGAGAUUGGUGUGGAGAGAGGACCAGCAUCAUUUUCAAAUGGAUAUGGGUGGCAGGCUUCCUGGUCAUAUUCCAAGUACAUAGAAGCCUUGGAGCAGGAGAGAAUACUCCUUAAAAUGCAAGAAGAUCUGGAGGAAAACUCAUCAUCAUUCCCUACAGGUACCUCAUCUAUGUCCUUCCCGAAGCCUGGAAACUCCGAAAAAUCCACCAUUUCUCCACAGAGUAGUGUGAUUUUGGAGAAACACUCAAAUCUUCCCAAGAAACAGAAAGUGAGUACCAGCCUGCCAACAAGUGUGCUUUGA